CAAAACAUCCAAGUCCCCCUAACUAACACAAAUGGUGAAAACUCCAUCAGAUCUUUUUACUGUUGGUGAGCGGCCGCUAUUGGCGUUUAUGCCCAAAGACGAUCCUGAACGUGAUACCUAUGUCAAAUUAAUCGAAGACAAUGGUGGGAUUGUCACCAGCUCUGUACCCAACGCCAAAAACGGUGUGAUGUUUAUAAGCUCAUAUCCAAUAGAUGGUUUCCACCCAAUUUACAGAGCCUCUUGGGUAGACCAUUCCAUUUCCAAUGGCAAAUUGGCUGACGUCAAUCCCUACGUGUUUCCAGUGAAGAAAGAAACUGGUGGCCGGAAAACCGUCAAGUAUACUCAGGCCCAGGACGAGUAUAUUUUAGAGCAAAUACGAUUGAAACCGCUUGAACGUGGAAGCCAUCGGUUUUUCGAGUUGCUUGAAGGCCACGAGGAGUUGAAGGGUCACACCAAACACUCGCUUAGAAGCAGGUACAGAAGGCACUUGGUGCACAAUUUGAAGUAUGUUUAUAAGGUCAACGAGCACGGUAAGUUGAUUUUAGACGAAUAUGGCAACAAAAUCAAAGUCCUGCCAGAUUCGUACCCUGAUCUCAAGAAGCGAUUCACACCCUUGGAUGAUUACGCGUUAUGUGCGGAGGUUUUGCGGUUUGCAGUACUGAGGCUCAGUCCUGAAGAAGCUAAAUUCGAGAAGAACAAUCAAGAUCCGGCUCGGUCCUUGAUCCCUGAGAGUCCUCAUGUGCUGCGGUCAUUUUUCAAAGACGUGAUGUUGAGGUUCCACAGACAACACUCCGACCUGAGCUGGAGAGAUCGGUAUAGAAAAUUUGCUGUCAAGUGUGGGAUCAAGAGCUAUUUUGAGUACUACGGAAGGUGUGUAAAUGAAGGUACCACUCCUUUGGUGAUGACAACUGUACCUCUCCGCGACACGGAGUUGAGUGUAGGGGCCAAAGCGUUGGUGGGACUGAACUAUAAUGAUGACAGAGUGAACAUUCCUUUGGACGAGGAGAUUAGCCAGACCAGAAGCUCUACCGCGGGAAGGUUAUCAGAAGGUGCGCAGAAAAAACGGAAGGUUGCAGCCAUUGCUACUCCGGUGUUGGGGUUGGUGGAAAGUGAUGAGGAAGAAGCUUUUUUUGAUCCUGAGUCUCAGCCGGAACCAAAUGCCACUACGCCAGCUGCAAAUGUCUCUACGCCAGCUCCAAAGGCAGAUGAACCAACUCCCAAGAAACCCAAGGUCCAGGCAUCCCCAGAACCGGGAUCAGAAGAGGUGGAAGAAGACGAAGAAGACUCUCAAGUGGGUUUCGAGUAUCUCGCAGACCCUAUGAUGGUGUAUGACUUAUUUGAAGAAGAAUUCUUCCAGGAAAGCAGUGAUACCAUGAAAUCCAAAUUGGACACUGUGUAUGCCGAGGUAAAGUCCCAACCUCUUGCAUUCUUGAUGCAAAAGCUCAAAGAAUUGCACUUCAAGUCAGGUUUUGUUAACCAUAUAAUCAGAUCCACCGGAGGGGUCCACGCGAGGAUUAAGAAAUAUAACGAUAUAUGGGUCAGUCGGCUCUUGAAUGAUCCUGCUUUCAUUGAGGAUGGAAACAGUCUUUUGGACAUGACCGGACAAGUGGGUAUUUGGACAAGGCUCUACGAUAAUGAAUUGAAAAAGGAGAAACUUCUUGGAGUGGACCUGGCCGAAAUCAAGUUUCAACCAAAGAAGGAGAAAACGAAGCGGGUGGCCUUCUUGAAGUCGAUUGGCGUGUGGUAGGGGGUGGUUGUAUUUUAGUUAUUGUUAUUGUAAUUGUAUGAGUUUUAAAGUAGAAA